ACGUCAUAAUGGUCUGUCACGUAAUUUUUGAAAAUGUAAACGUAAUAUCAAAUAGAGAGCCAAGUGAAUUGGAAGCGCAUCAGGCGUUAUCCUCUUUUCAUUUAACAACUUAAGGCUAUUAGGCGAGGCUGUUUGUUGAGGCUUUUGGUGAGGCUUUCGCAAUCUGAAAGGAGAUUGUUAAAAUAAAGUCUAGUUUGCCAAAACAAACAGAUUUGUGUCAACCUGCAGGAGAAAAUAUCUAUCUAUUUUGACGUUUUGCAUGAACUAGCAGAAAGAUGAGUUGUGAUUCUGUAACAUGUGAUUCUAUUAUUAUGCAUACCCAUAAGCCAUGCCAUCAUCACUGUCAUGGGCAUCAUGGCCACUGUCACGGUUAUGGUCACUGCCAUGGGCACGGUCAUCACUGCCACGGACACGGUCAUUGCCACGGACACGGUCAUUGCCACGGACACGGUCACUGCCAUGGCCAUGGUCACUGUCAUUUUCAUGGUCACUGCCUCAGUCAUGGUCACUGCCUCAGUCAUGGUCACUGCCACGGUCACGGUCACUGUCACAACCAUUGUGUCUGCAUACACAAACUGCCUUGUAAAUUUAUGAUAGCCAAACACCAAGCAAAAGUAGCUGCUAAACAGGCUGUGGUUGCGACCCAACAGGCUGUGGUGGCAGCCGAGCAAACGAAGGUGGCUACCAUGUUAUCACAACUGAUACCGAAACCAUGUGAAACUUACUCAAUUGAAGUAGCGCCCAAGGAGUGUUGCGCGCCUUGCGGGCCUUGCGGCCCUUGCGGGCCUUGCGGGCCUUGCGGCCCUUGUGGGCCUUGCGGGCCUUGCGGUCCAUGCCCUUGCCCUUGCCCGGAGAAUGUCACAGUCGAUAUGAAUGACGCAUCAACAUCUGAUCUAGAACAGUGUGAGCCAGCCACUGUGAAACUAUGCCACUGCCCGUGUGCUCCACAACUUGCCAUUCAAACAGUGCCAGCUCCAAAAAGAAAACGAACGAAAAUUACUGUUACCCAGAAUCCACCAGAACCUCAUAUCCACGUGACACCAAUAUGUCAUCCGUGCCCCUGCAAUCCUUGCUCAAAUUGUCAUGCUCCAAAUUGUCAUGGUUGCUGUGAUCACCAUUGUCCAUGUCCAAACCCAGCGGCCACUAUUACUGUGAUGAAAAAAAGUUCGUAGAGUAAAGAUGAACAGUGAAUUGGUGAAAAACAGCCGUCUAAAUUUCGACACCCUUUUCGUUAUUGACAAAUAUACAAAUAUAAAAAAAACCACACAAACCAA